GGAGUUGUCAAAUACAUUCCGGUCGAGUAACAUCAGAAAUUCUGUCCAGAUUUUGAAUAAGAAUUAUGCCGCUAUUUCCUCUUGUUUUCGGAUCCAGAGAGACCCAUUCGCAGAGAAAAGAGACCCGUGCUAUACAAGACAAGAUGUCUUCCAAUCCAUCUUAUUCCCAUUACGACAUUCCUGAUAACAACAACUCAAAAUAUCAGAACAACGGGAGAUCCCCGAGUAUCUCAACGACAGAUUCUUGUGGCAGCUUCAAUUCCGGUAGUACUGGUUGUGACUUCCGGCCUUUGACAGCAAAGAAAACAUCGGACCGGUAUUCUUGCAUCUUAAUCGUCGUCGCGAUUUGCCUUGCUCUCUUCUGCGUCAUUCUAGGCGCAUGCGUAGCAGUUUUGUUCACUAAGAUGGAACAAGUCCGUACGGAACUGUAUAGAGUAACCGGGGACUUGAAUGACCGGAAGGUCUGUCUCCUGUGUGACGACUUGACCAUGUCCCCAUUUGAGGAUGAAAAUGCGGCUACAAAGGAACUGGAAGUGACGUCAGAUGACAACGGUGACCAGGUGUGCUGCGCGAACAAUGCCAGACAGUCCAAGGUCAUGUUCGAUCUGUUAUUCAAGAAAAAGAACAAGAUCGCAUGUAUUGAAGAGGCAAACGCCGUCCAGACUUCCUGUAACUGGACAUUACCCGGUCCUGUCCUGAGCGGAAGGUCAUCCGCACACCUUCACAUAGGUGUCCAAAACACAGGUCUCCGUAACGAUUAUGGAGACGAGCCAGUUCGUAAUUGGCAGUCGGACGAUCCGACAGCUCAUAUCGAAGGGAUGAACCUGAUGAAAGACAGACUUGUUAUCAACACGACUGGCCUGUACGUGGUAUAUAGUCAGAUGUAUUUCUCCGCCUACGUCCCUCCUGCCACCCCUAAAUCUAGCAGUGUACUCUACCACUACGUAUAUCGUUACAACGUCAUCUACCCCAACUCGGGGAACCAACUGCUGAUGAAAAGUGUCCGGACAUUUAACAUUGACCCCGUGACGUCACAUAGCGAUCAUACGAGCUAUACGUCGGCGACGUUGCGUUUGAGAGUUGGUGACGAAAUCUACGUCAAGGUGUCAAACUUAUCUUUGGUGUCGCGUGCGGAAAAGGCAAGCUUCUUAGGCGUUGUCCAGGUAGCCUGAUGCAACGUAGUCCAGGUAGCGUGAUCCAACGUAGUCCAGGUAGCGUGAUGCAACGUAGUCCAGGUAGCGUGAUGUAACGUAUUCCAGGUAGCGUGAUGUAACAUUUCGUAAGCAUGUCUAGUGUUCGAAUCUCGGUCGGAGUAAUAUCAUUUCUCUGACAACAAAAACACUCUUCGGAUCUCUCGACAAACUGUAGAUAAAAUAAUCCCUCAGAUAACAUAUGUAUUUCCUAUAGGACUCAAGUUGGGGCACCGUGUUUCAACUGCACGUAAAAGACAGUGAGAUUCAUAUUUGUAUACGCAAGUAUAUGGGUAUUUUAAGUAUGGCAGCUUCAUGUUUUACAUAUCCGGCAUCGGUUUCAUAUCAUCUAUAUACCUGUAAAGUUCAUUGAAAUAUAUACGGGAAUGGAACAGUACAGAACACAUCAUCUGUGAUAAAGAAGCAAUGAGAGGUGAGAGAGAGAGCGCGUGAAAGUGUGUAUAGGUGUGUGUGUGUGCGUGUGUGUGUGUGUGUGUGUGUGUAUAGUGUGAGGGUGUGUAUGUGUGUAUAGUGUGUAGGUAUCUCUGGAACAUUGUUAAAAUCAGUCCAGAAUCGAGACCAAUUUUAUCAUCCCGAGCGAAUCGGGCAUUAAAAUGGAAUCUAUCAAGA